CCAGUGUCAACAACGUAAAGAAAGGUUAGAAAAAUUGUUGACAUUUUAACAAUUCUAUUUAUUUAUUAAUAAUUAAAAAAAAAUAGACAAAUUGUUAAAACUACAAUUGUAUUACAGUAAUCGACUUUGAAAAGUUUUUUAUUCGUAACAUUGUUGGAAUAUAAUUAAAAAAACAAUGGCGCAUUACAAAGGAGCAGCCAGUGAAGCUGGUAGAGCAAUGCAGUUGAUGAAAAAACGUGAAAUAGCUCAACAAGAAAUUGAAUUGCGUAAAAAAAAAAUAGAGGAUGAUCUCAAAAUUCACAAUAUUGAAAAUAAAUUCGCUACGCACUACAAUGCAGUCGAACAACAACUUAAAACAUCGACCAUCGGUCUGGUUACUCUCAAUGAGAUGAAAGCGAAGCAGGAGAAUAUUGUGCGAGAACGGGAAAGGAAACUGGCUCAGAAAGAACGUGAGAAAGAGCAGGAAAAAGAAAGAGCAUUGGCUGCCAAGCAGGCUGAAAAGAAUAAACAGAAACGACAGAUACAGGCACUGUCCUUUAAUUUGGAUGAGGAUGAAGACGAAGCUGAGUCUGAUGGUGAUGAAGGUGAUAAAGCUGAAGUUGAAGCGGUUCAAAAAUCAGAUGAUGAUUCACAAGAUUCUUGCCAGCCAAUUAAAAAGAUCAAAAAGAAUCCAGAUGUUGAUACGAGUUUUUUGCCCGACAGAGAAAGAGAAGAAGAGGAAAACCGUCUGCGAGAGGAGUUAAGGCAAGAAUGGGCUAUGAAGCAAAAUGCUUUGAAAGAGGAAGAAAUUGAGAUUACUUUCAGUUAUUGGGAUGGAUCUGGACACAGGAGAAGUGUUUUUAUGAAAAAAGGGAAUUCAAUUUAUCAACUAUUACAACGUUGUUUGGAAGUACUGAGACGUGAAUUCAGUGAAUUGAAGACUGUAAUGGCUGAUCAACUAAUGUAUGUUAAAGAAGAUUUGAUUCUUCCUCACCAUUAUACAUUUUAUGACUUUAUCGUGACAAAGGCGAGAGGAAAAAGUGGACCAUUAUUCACAUUUGAUGUACACGAUGACAUUCGUAUGUUGCACGACGCGUCUGUAGAGACAGAAGAAUCGCAUGCUGGAAAAGUUUUGCUAAGAUCUUGGUACGAAAGAAAUAAACACAUCUUCCCAGCAAGCAGAUGGGAGCCAUUCGACCCGACAAAGAGUUAUGAUAAGUACACAAUUUCUGACAAGAAUAAGAAAAAAGAUAAAUCAUAGUUUUUUUUUAAUAUAUAUUAAUAAUUUGAGAUACAAGAUUCAAUUUUGUACAUAAAAAAUUAAAGUAAUUAAUCAUUUUUUCUAAUUCAAGCAAUAAAUUUACAUCUUCAUUACUCUUUAUUCUUAUUCUGAUUUUCUGAGAGCUAAAACAGGAUAGGCAAAAACAAAAUUACAAAGAUUUGAGUUGAAAUAAAAGUAAGUUAAUUAUUUAAAUCGUUAGGAUUAUUUAUCGGAAGAUCAUCAUUUAGAUGAUCAAGCUUAUAUAUCUCUAGUUUUCUAUUUAUAUCUUCAAGUGACUUUAUUGAUUUUUCAUCCAACUUAUACGGGUUUGGUUGAUUAUCAUAAUUGUGUUCCAAUAUUGCUUCAAUAGACUUAUUAGUUGCUGAAUUAUCAUGUAGCAAUGAUUCCAAUUGUAAUUUUUCUUCGUCAGUUAUUGAAAGUACUUGUGUAUCAAAAAUAGAACUCUGGUAGUAAAAAUACCAUAAAAUAUUAAUUUUAAAUUAUCAACAGUAAUGAUUUUAGGAUUAUUUACGUUUUUUAUGAUGCAUGAUAUAUCUUGAGAAGGUUUUUCUGAUGAAAUAUUUGCACUUUCAGAUGUAUUUUCUUGUGACAGAUCAAUUGAAUAUGAAUUUAAAUAUUUAUUAGUAUUUUCAGCCAAGGGUCCAAUUUUGAAAUUCGACGCCAUUGAUUCUUUUAAAAUCUGGUGAUUCUUAAAUUGUAAAUUAGACAAUUCAUUUGUUACUUCCUGAAAUUAAAUUUGUAUGAAAUAACUGUUAGACAUAUAAAUUAAGUUUUAUUAUUAAAUAUUUUUUGCCUUUAAUUUUAAAUCCAAAUCGUUUAUUUGGAUUAUAGACUCAUCAAGUUUUUCAAUACAUUGGAUUUGUUUUUCAAUAUCAUCUUCACAGUCUUUGUCAGUUUUACAUAGACUUGACAUUUUUUUUUAUUAAGUUACGUAAAAUUUAGCUUUGGUCAAUCUUAUAAAUUAACAAUGGACAACUACACUACUUACAUGUAUUCUAUUUAUUAUAUGUUAUAACGU